UUGGAGAACUCUUCAGGACCGAGAUCCCGCUUUUCCUCAACCCUAUUGGACAGGAGGUCCAGUGGGCGGAGCUUGUGGGGUGUCAUCUCCCCAGGCAGACAACACUUGAGCAGUCAGCCUGGGGGUUCUGAAGGCGUUGCUCAGCCAGCAUGGAGCUCUAUCUGGACCUACGCUCUCAGCCCUGCCGCUCCUUGUUCCUGUUCGCCAAAGCCGCCAACAUUCCGUUUAACUUUAAACUGAUCGACCUGAGCCAAGGGCAGCAGUACAGCGAGGAAUUUGUGAAGCUCAGCCCAGUAAAGAAAGUUCCGGUCAUGAAGGAUGGCGACUUUGUUCUAACCGAGAGCGUGGCCAUCCUGCAGUACCUGGUCCAGAAGCACGCCUCCUCGCUGCCGGACCACUGGUACCCCGCCGACCUACGUCAGCGGGCGCGAGUCAAUGAGUACCUGUCCUGGCAGCACAUGAACCUGAGAGCUCAUGGGUCAAAGGUCUUCCUGCUCAAGACCAUGUACUCAAUCAUCAUGGGACAGGAAGUCCCCAAGGAAAAGCUGGACGACGCCGUGGACGAUCUAAACCAGUCUUUGGAGCUGCUGGAGCAGAAGUUCCUCCAGAACCGAGCCUUCAUUGUGGGCGAGCAGAUCUCUCUGGCCGACCUUGUGGCUUACGCAGAAAUCCUGCAGCCCGUUGGGAGUGGCCUGGAUGUGUUUGCGGGCCGUCCCAAGCUAGCGGCGUGGCGGGACGGCAUCAAGGUGGCGCUGGGAGCGGCGCUGCUCGACGAAGUCAACGAAGCCAUCAUGGCGUUCGGCAGCCAGUCGCAAGACCUGCAGAACAGCGAGGGGAUGAAACUCUUCAAACCCAAGUUCAUGAAGAUGUUUUCCUGAGGACCGCCGCCGCCAUUUGUGCUCACGUCUGGCUUCGUCACGUCCACACUCGUGGCAGCAGUAACAACUUACAUGAUGAAAUACUUUCAAAUAAACACUUGGCCUGA